AUGGACACUAGGAACUGGACAGAAGUGACUGAAUUCCUCCUCCUGGGGCUAUCUGACCGUCCAGAGAUGCAGCCAGUCAUCUUUGGAGUUAUCCUUUCCAUGUACCUGGUGGCAGUGACAGGCAAUAUCAUGUUAAUUGUUGUUGCCUCUACAGAUUCUAAACUACAGACUCCCAUGUACUUCCUGCUCAGACAGCUCUCCUUCAUCGAUGUUUUACUGACCACCAUUGUUGUCCCCCAGAUGCUAGUGCACACAGUGACAGGAUUCAAGACCAUCCCCUUCGAGAACUGCAUAGUCCAGCUUUUCUUCUUUAUGGCUAUAGGGAGCAUGGAGGGUCACCUGCUGGCUGCCAUGGCAUAUGAUCGCUAUGUGGCCAUCUGUAAACCACUGCAAUAUUAUGCCAUCGUCACCCGCAGCCUCUGUCUCCGCAUCACCCUGUCCUCGUGGGUGGUGGUCAGCCUCAACAGUCUCCUCUAUAGUGUGCUGGCUGCCCGGCUGACUUUCUGUGGCAACCGGGUUACACAUUUUUUCUGUGACAUCACACCACUGCUCAAGCUAUCUUGUACUCGACCACUGCUCAAUGAGAUGCUGAUCUUCACUGAAGGGGCAGCCAUUGUUAUAAGCCCCUUUUUCUUCAUCCUGGCCUCCUAUGUGAGGAUUGGUGUUGCCAUCGGCCGCCUACACUCAGCUGCUGCCCUAAAAAAAGCUUUGUCCACCUGUAGCUCCCACAUUCUGGUGGUGCUGCUCCUGUAUGGCUCAGUGAUCCGCAUGUACCUGCGACCAUCUUCCAGUUAUGACUUGGAUCAGGACCGACAAGUGGCUGUAUUCUACACUGUGGUCACCCCCAUGUUGAACCCCCUAAUUUACAGUUUAAGGAACCAGGAAGUGAAGAAUGCUCUCUGGAGGCUCUUGAAGAAGAUCCAGAAUGUCUAUGCAUCUGGAGACUUCCAACCUAACUCCCCAUCAAGGGGAACUCAGGAUCACAUCUCCUGA